CGCCGAUUCAAGGAGACGAAGAAGACAACUUACGGCUUAUUAUCUUAUUAUCUAUCUUGCAAGUCAAGUCAGCCAUCAUCGAUUGACGUGCCAUUUUCCUGUUUCCGACUUCGAUUCACGCUUUCUUGGACCCCAUCGAACAUCCCUACAGUUGAGAAGAUCAUUACGGUACGAAUACACCAAGAAAAGAGGCGCCAACGACAAACGUUGCAGCUUGCCUUAGCCUUGCGCAUUAACGAGCAUCGACAACCGUCGUACCAGCCGAAACAACACACCCACCAGGAGGCCUGCUUCGACACGACCUCGUCCCGAACACCCUUCUCCAAUCUCUCACGAACGCUUCUUAAUGACGGCUAGGUUGCCGUCCCGCCAACCAUGAGGUUAAGGGGUGCUAUCCAGGCGGCGGCCUUGCUUGCCAUUGCCCUUGUCGCGACGCCCCUCGCGGCCAAGAAAGACCGUCCCACGUUCGAGGUGAGGGCCUUCGACAGCCAGCCACGGAACCUCAACUAUCUGCCCGGCUCCAAUGUCGUGCUGUUCCGCGAUUCCAGGGCCAAGAACAUCUAUAUAUCGAUAAAUGCCGGCGGGACCUGGAAGCGCGUCGAUGCUGUCCCCGACGGCGAGGCCCGGAAGCUCUACACACACCCAUACGACCCGGCCCGCGCUUACAUUAUCACCGAUGGCAACGUGCACUGGCGCACCCACGACCGUGGCAAAACAUGGACAAAGUUCAAUUCAUUGGCGUACUUUCCGCUGUGGCCCUCUGCCGACCUCCUGCAGUUCCAUGCUUCCGACCCCGAUCGUAUCAUCUUCAACGGCGAGAUCUGCAACGGCUUCGACUGCUUCGAUGCCUCAUCCUACACCACAGAUGACUUCAAGACGACAGCCAAGCCCCUGCGCCCGGAUACCUCGGGCUGUUGGUGGGCUAAGUCGUCGGACCUGUUCUCUACGGGCGAUGCCGACCUCGACCGCGACCGCAUCCUGUGCAUCGCGCGUGAUCCAUUUGCCCACUACACAGACCAACGACUAGUCGUGUCCGACGACUUCUUCAAGAGCGACAGCCGCACCAAAGAAACUCAAGAGUUCGAGCCUAACCUGGACAUGGACAAAGCGGUUCGCGGCAUCGUCAACGUCGCCGCCAUCAAAAAGUACCUGCUGGUGGCCACGGCAUCAAAGAACACGGACGAAAUGGCCCUCUUCGUCUCGGACGACACCAAGAAAUGGCACCGCGCCAUGUUCCCUGCCCCUUACGAUAGCCACGAUCACAGGCUUCUCCAGGAGGCAUACACGGUGCUCGAGAGCACCAACUACAGCCUGCAGAUCGAUGUCAUGACCACUCCCCCGCCAAACUCGAUGGGCGUUAUCUUUACCAGUAAUUCAAACGGAACUUUCUUCACCGAAAACGUCGAGCACACCAACCGCAACCACAUGGGUAAUGUCGACUUUGAGAAGAUAGCCGACAUCCAGGGCAUCUUCAUGGUCAACAAGGUUGACAAUUGGAAAAAUGUCGAGAAACAGGCGAGCCUUGGGAAAAAGGUCAUCUCCGAGAUAACGUUUGAUGAUGGCAGGACCUUUGAGUCUGUCAAAGACGACAAGGGCAAACGAAUCCAUCUCCACUCGUACACGGAACUUGAAAACGUGGGCCGCGUCUUCUCCAGCCCGGCACCUGGCUUGGUCAUGGGCGUCGGAAACACGGGUGAAUAUCUGAAAGACUACUGGAAAGAUGGCAGGCUCUACGUUUCCGACGAUGCCGGCAAGACCUGGAUCGAAGCCAGGGACAAGCCGCACAAAUAUGAGUUCGGCGAUCAAGGGUCUAUUUUAGUUGCUGUGCAGGACUCGGAGGAAACUGCCACUGUCGGCGAAAUUAGCUACUCCCUCGACCAUGGCGUCAUCUGGGAGCACGAGCCUUUGCCGAAUGACAUGAAGAUUCUUCCAUACAUUCUCACAACCACCCAAGACUCGUCCAGCCUCAAGUUCCUACUCAUUGGCGAGUCCCCUGACUCGCGUUGGCAGGUUAUCUCCAUCGACUUUGAUGGUCUCCACGAGGCUACCUGCAAGGAGGAUGACUUGGAAGAGUGGCAUGCGAGGGUUGAUGAUGAUGGGAAACCGACCUGUCUCAUGGGCCAUACACAAAGCUUCCGUCGGCGCAAGAAGAAGGCCGAGUGCUUCCUAAAGCAAGAGUUCAAACACGCCUUUAUGGAGAUGAAGAACUGCGACUGCACUGAACUGGACUAUGAAUGUGACUACAACUUUGUGAGGGACGAAGACGGGAAAUGCACCCCCAGGGGUCCCAUAGUCGCCCCAGACGGAGCUUGCCCCUCAGACAAACCGGACGCCACCUUUAAGGGCACCUCGGGAUACCGGAAGAUACCCGGGAACACGUGCAAUCCCACAAAGGAUACGGACGAGAAAUUCAAGGAGGUGGAGAGGAAGUGCUCCGACGCGAUCGGUGCGCCGUCUACCCCUCCGGCUACCGAUAAAGUUACACAGCACGAAGAAAAGUUCGAGGGAUGGAUUUUCUUCGAGAAGCACUACAUCGAUCAAGGCGAAACUAGCCAGAAUAAGAAAGAGACUGUGAUUAUGCGGCCAAGGAGCGAGACUAAACCGGGACCGGUUUAUGUUUCCCAAGACCAUGGCAAAUCAUGGGAAAAGCCCAAAUCACUCGACGGCGAAAACAUCUGGAGAAUUGUGCCUCAUCCAUACUACAAGGACAUGGUGUUUUUCUUGACAAAGACGAAGAAAUCCCUUUAUACCGCCAACGGAGGAGCCACCUUUCACGAGUUCAAUGUGCCAGUUGUGCCAGACGACCAGUCGCGUCAACCUCAACUUUCUUUUCACCCAGACCACAAAGAUUGGUUGAUAUGGAUGGGAAAAGAGUGCGACAAAGAUGAAUGUUAUCGAGCUGCAUAUAUCUCCGACGAUCGUGGACACGAAUGGAAGCUGGUUGCUGAGUAUGUCAGACGCUGCGAAUUCACAGGGUCAAGUUCCUACCGAUACAAGGGCCGCGACCCCAAGCAGAUCAUCUGCCAGAAACUCGAGAAGGAAGUGGUGAAAGCCAAGGACAACCCGUGGAUUCUCGUGACCAGCACCUGGAGAGAGGAAGAAGAAACGGUUGCCACGAACAUCAAGGAUUUUGCGACGACGGCCGAAUUCAUCGUCGUGGCCAGAGAGGAGCCGGGCAAGGGUACGAUGCAGGCCCUCGCCAGUCUGAACGGAAAAGACUUUGCAGAGGCCCGUUUCCCCCUGGGAUUUGACGUGCCCCACCAACACGCAUAUACGGUCCUGGAUAGCUCAACCCACGCUGUCAAUCUGUUCGUCGCAACCGAGACCGCCGAAGGUCGCAGGCUUGGUACCAUCCUCAAGAGCAAUUCCAACGGAACGUCAUAUGUGCUGAGCAUAAAGAAUGUCAACUGCAACGACUAUUACUAUGUCGAUUUUGAAAAGAUGCAAGGGCUGGAAGGCGUUUCGGUGGUGAACGUGGUGGUAAACCCGGACGAGAAGAGCGCCUCCAAGAAGCUGCAAACCAAGAUCACACACAAUGAUGGAUCCCAGUGGUCGUUUCUGCCUCCUCCCAAGGACGACGAGUUUGGCAGCUUCUCGUGCGAGUCUAACGAGGGUGACGAGAAAUGUGCACUGCACCUCCACGGGUAUUCAGAUCGCACGUCUCGCAGCCAAGCCUUCUCAUCCGAGGGUGCUGUGGGGAUCAUGUUUGCAUGGGGAACCGUUGGCGAUUUUUUGGGCUCCAGCAAAGACAUGGACACCUUCCUGACCGUGGACGCCGGCAUAUCGUGGAAGCGAGUGAAGAAAGGACGGUGGCUCUGGGCUUUGGGCGACCACGGCUCCGUCAUUGUCCUAGCAGCGGCUAACAAGCCGAUUGACACGGUCUACUUUUCGUUGGACCAGGGUGCUACUUGGCAACCACAUAAAUUUACGGAUAAAAAGAUCGCGACCCACGACGUCACGACUCUGCGGACUGGCAACUCGCGCAACUUCCUCCUAUGGGGCAGUGAAGGCGACAAGCUUGUUGCUCUGAAUCUGAACUUUGAAGGCUUUACCGACCGAGUCUGCAAGCAUGACCAAGACGACGACGGCAAGUCUGACUAUAACCUCUGGUGGCCUGAGCACCCCAACACAAAGAAUGGGUGCUUGUUUGGUCACAAAUCCAUCUAUCUCCGCAAGAAGCCCGGGAGGAAGUGCUUCAACGACUUCACGUUGCAGCAGCUCUAUGCCAACGAGACCUGCAAGUGCGUCAGAGAGGACUAUGAAUGCGACUACAACUAUGAACUCCACCCCUCUGGUCAAUGCAAACUUGUCGAUGGACUCACGCCCCAAGACCCCCAGAUCUGGUGCAGCGAGCACCCGGACGAGAUCGAGUAUCACGAGCCGACGGGCUUCCGGAGGAUCCCGCUGACGACUUGCACGGCGGGCGACAAGGCUUUGGACACGUGGUCACCGUCACACGCGUGCAAGAACCACGAAGACGAGUUCGAGCGCAAGCACGCGACGUCGGGCCUGGUGAUUUUCCUGGCCGUUAUCAUCCCCGUCGGUAUCGCGGCGGCGGCCGGCUGGUAUGUUUGGCGCAACUGGAGCGGCAAUUUUGGCCAGAUUCGUCUCGGCGAGCACGGCGCGGCUGCCUUCGACUCUGACAAGCCUUGGGUCCGCUACCCCGUCAUCGCCAUCAGCGCCGUCGUUGCCGUUAUCGCCGCCCUGCCGAUUGUCGCCGCCAGCGUCUGGCGCGCACUUCACGCCGGCGCCGAGAAGGCCGGCUUGGCCAAGCCCGGUCGCGGCACCUGGUCGCGCCUCGGUGGAGGCGGCGGCACCCGCACGUUUACCACGCGGGAUAGCUUCGCUAGGGGCCAAGGGGACUACGACAUUGUGGACGAGGACGAGGGCGAACUGCUUGGAGAGGAUAGUGAUGAGGAGGUAUGAUCUUAUGGAUUAUGACUUCUUUCGUUUGCCUUAUUUUUUCUUGGUUUUUUCUUUUUUCUUUUUCGGUUUGGGUGCGCACAUGCGCGCGUUUGUGUGGAAGGAGAUUUAGUUGGAUCCUUUUUGUAAAAAAAAAAAAAAAAAAAAAAA